CUCGAGCAGUGGAUAAGUAUCAACAAUACCCACGAAGGUCAAGUGAUAGUCCACUACCAUCUCAUUCCCGGUUUUUCGCUCCUCUCAACAACCAUGGCAUCUCUGCUGACUCCCAGCGUACGAGCGGGCAUUCGCGCCUCGAAGCGCCUCACUCCCCCAUACAUCAUCCGAAAUGCUGGAACGGCAGCAGUACAGAAGCGUGAAGGUGACAUCUCCGAUGCGUUUGCUUCGCUUUCCGGCCAGCAAUUCGUGCCGCUCGAGCCACGGUUCGCAGACCUCAAAGCUCAACUCAUUGCUGGCCACGAAGAGGCCCUAUACGAUUCCUGGAACCGCCUGCUAGCUUCUCUUCGGGAGGAGAUACCUCUGAUAGCAGAGCAAGGAUCUCGGAUCAUCCCAGAGAUCGACUUCCAGGACAUUGACCACGCUUCACCGGAGUUUCGAGCAGAACACAAGAAGCGAGGCGUUGCUGUUAUUCGCAAUAUUAUACCUCAGCAAGAUGCGCUGGGACUGAAAAACGAAUUGAGAGCCUACCUCGAAGCGAAUCCGCACACCAAAGCUUUUCCUGCAGACAAUCCGCAAGUCUACGAGUUGUACUGGUCUCCCGCACAAAUCAAAGCCCGCUCAAAUCCGAAUCUGAUCAAAGCCCAGCGCUUUUUGAUGGAGUUCUGGCACUCAAGGGAUCCUAACGCUCUAAUUUCGUCCAGCCACCCGAUGAUCUACGCUGAUCGCCUACGAAUGCGCAUGCCGGGAGAUGCCAAGUUUGCGUUGGGACCACAUGUUGACGGUGGAUCGUGCGAGAGAUGGGAGCCGGAUGGCUACGGGCGAGGCAAGGUGUACGAGGAGAUCUGGAAAGGAAACUGGGAGAACUAUGAUCCGUGGGAGUCGAGCUGCAGAAUACCCGUCGUGUCGGAUCUUUACCAAGGCGUUGGUGCAUGCAGCAUGUUCCGCAUGUAUCAGGGCUGGCUGUCAUUGAGCACGACCGGUCCAUACGAAGGAACGCUACUGGUGAACCCACUCCUCAGCCGUGCCACAGCAUACUACCUACUGCGACCAUUCUUCUCGCCCAAGAAACUAGCUCAAGACCCAACAUCCGAGACCUACGAAGAAGCCUUUCUAGCCCCGAACAAUUGGACGCUGGACGCCACCCAGACCUCCUGGCUGCAAGGCGCCUCGUACGGCCACGGACAAGAACUCAACGCACAACUCCACCCGCACCUCAACCUACCCAGUUCAAUGGUACACAUGCCUCGCGUCAACCCGGGUGACUACGUUAGCUGGCAUUGCGAUACUAUCCACGCGGUCGACAAAGUCCACGCCGGCAAGUCGGACAGCAGCGUUUUGUAUAUUCCUGCGUGUCCGUUGACGGAGUCGAAUGCUGCGUUUGUGGUGAGGCAGAGAGAAGCGUUUUUGAACGGCACGCCAUGUCCGGACUUUGGAGGCGGGAUUGGAGAGUCGCAGCAUGUAGGACGACCGGGCUUGGAAGAUGUGAGGAAAGUCAAUCCGGAUCGUGGGAUGCAGGCUUUCGGGCUGAAGGCUUGGGAUGGAAAUGAGAGUGGGCUUACGGUUGGUCAGAAGAAGGUGAUGGCGAGGGCGAAUGAGAUUCUUGGAUUCUAG